AUGGAUCAAAUCCAGUGGGAAACAUGUUUACGCACUGCGCCUUUUGUUCAACGGGUGAUCGGGGCCGAUGUGAGGGGACACCAGCUGCCCUGUGAAGAGCAACCGGUCACGUCCCGUAUGGCUGUCAUAUGUGGGACGUCCUCAUGUCACAUGGCUGUGAGCACACAGCCGCUGUUCGUCCCCGGGGUCUGGGGCCCGUAUCUGUCCGCCAUGCUGCCGGGACUGUGGCUUAAUGAGGGGGGACAGAGCGCCACGGGACGACUGGUGGACCAUGUGGUGAAGGGACACGCGGCGUCCAGUCAGCUGAGAGAGCGGGCGGAGAAGAGUGGGAAACACGUUUACUCCUGCCUGAACCUCCAUCUGCAGCACAUGUCUGGAGACGCAGCACAUCUGGAGCAGCUGACGGCCGGCCUGCACAUCUGGCCUGAUUUCCACGGCAACCGCUCUCCUCUGGCCGACCAGACGUCACGGGGCUCGGUUGUUGGACUCACUUUAUCACAGACGCUGGAUGAUUUGGCUCUGCUGUAUCUCGCAACUCUUCAGGCCAUCGCUCUCGGCACCAGACACAUCAUAGAUGCCAUGAGAGAGGCAGGACAUGACAUCACAACCCUCUUCCUGUGCGGGGGGCUGAGCAAGAACGCUCUGUUCGUACAGACACACGCUAACAUCACGGGGCUGCCGGUGGUCCUGCCGGCCGAACCAGAGGCUGUGCUGCUGGGAUCUGCUGUGAUCGGAGCCUGUGCUUCAUCUGACUGCAGCUCCAUACAGGAAGCAAUGAAGAAGAUGACCAGAAUCGGGCAUGUCGUCAGACCAAACCCUGAGCUAGAAAGCUUUUACAGAAGGAAGUACGCCGUGUUUCUGCGUCUUUAUGAUCAUCAGAAGGAGUGUGUGGCGCUGAUGGAGGAUGAUGGAGUUUGACACAGAUUAAACAUUAGAAGAGUCUUGACAUAAAAACUGCUUCAAAUGACCAAAAACACCAGAUUUUCAUGAGUCUGUCCUUUAGCUGAGCAUUAUGUGUUCAGCCGUUUACACCUGUACAGGUAUUUUACACAAAUGAGCAGGAGUGAGGAAAAUAUCACCAGAUAAAACCUGUCAAACCACUUUUGUGUUCGACCAAAACUGGAAUCAUUGUUGAAAUAUGCAUUUCAGAGCAAUAAAAGUCUUUUUAAAAAUCAA